CCCAGUAGAUGAUUGGCAACGGGUCGAGCGAGUCAAGUGAUUAAAAAAAUGGCAUCCGCGACGACGUCGCACAAUGAGGUUUCGCAGCAAUUUUCCGUCAACAAACUUAUACGCGUCGGAUAUUACGAAUUGGAGAAGACAAUCGGCAAAGGAAAUUUUGCCGUAGUCAAAAUGGCCACGCAUGUUGUUACGAAAUCUAAGGUGGCUAUAAAAAUAAUAGACAAAACCAAACUUAGUGAGGAAAAUUUGGCAAAAAUAUUUCGCGAAGUGCACAUUAUGAAGAGGCUGCGACAUCCCCACAUAAUCAGGCUCUAUCAAGUUAUGGAGACUGAGAAAAUGAUUUAUCUUGUUACGGAGUACGCACCCGGUGGGGAAAUAUUUGAUCAUCUUGUCAGGAAUGGCAGAAUGGCUGAACCUGAGGCCAGACGAAUAUUUCAUCAAAUUGUUCUGGCUGUUCGGUAUCUUCAUCAACACGGAGUUGUUCAUCGAGAUCUUAAGGCUGAAAAUUUACUGCUCGACGCGGACAAUAAUAUAAAGCUUGCAGAUUUUGGAUUCAGUAACAAAUAUACGCCAGGGGUACCUUUGAGUACUUGGUGCGGUUCACCGCCUUAUGCAGCACCAGAAAUCUUUGAGGGAAAACAUUACGACGGUCCACGCACGGACGUUUGGAGCCUUGGCGUGGUCUUGUAUGUAUUAGUUUGUGGAGCACUGCCAUUCGAUGGACCAACGAUGCAAUUACUUCGCUCGGUUGUAAUAUCCGGAAAAUUUAGGAUACCAUUCUUCAUGUCUGCAGAAUGCGAAAAACUGAUAAGGCACAUGUUGGUCGUUGAACCAGAGCGUAGACUGAGCAUAUCACAAAUUCUCGCACAUCCGUGGAUGGGAGGGGACGGAAUUACGGAACCAGAACCCGGAGGGUGCAGUCCAGAAGCGCCUCACUCACCACAGCUCAAUCAAGUAGUAAUAGAAAACAUGUUGAGGCUGCCGGGUCUCAGUGCCGAUACUCUACUCAAUGCUGUACAGGGAAAUGCAUUUGAUCACGUCUCAGCGAUAUAUCAUUUAUUAGCGGAUCGUCUUGAGACGACAAUGCCGACGUUACCAAGCAUUCAAAAUAUACCAGGAGAUUAUAUGCCUGAUGGUGCACAUCAAUUGGAGAAGUUUGGAGAAACAGAAGCGGAAUCGGAUGAUAGAACUGGUUUGCAAUUGCCACCAGGAACGCCUUACCAUGCGACGAGAAGACACACUGUUGGGCCGGGUGAUUCGGCCCAUCAACCCUCUCCUCCUUAUCCUUACACCUGCAAUUAUCCAACCGGUUAUCCCAAUUCCCUCGGUAUACCUAUGAUGGCGUCCAACGUCGAUCCACAAAUGUUGCCACAUACGAAUCUCCCCCUCAAUCUUCCUCUGGUGCAACAUCAACCUCCACAAAAUUUCCAAAUAAAGGAUCAACACCUGCUUAAACCGCCCACGGUCAUGGGAGCCAGUAGUUUUGGAAGAAGAGCUUCGGAUGGCGGGGCUAAUCUCCACGUUUAUUACCAACAACAACAUGGCAGUGGUAGCGGAAAUUGCGACGAAAGCGGUUGGAGUCAACCCGGAAGCAGAGAACACUUACAAGCUGGUGGUAGUCCAACGAUGGGACAAUGCUCUCAGACUUUAAGUGUCGGAGCAGGCGGUGGCAGUGCAGAUAGCAGCGGUGGAAGUAGUACAAGUUCGACAGGAGGAAGUGACAGAAGAAGACGCAGUGGUUUGACAGCGGUGAUGCAGCGUCCAGUUAUAAAUCCGGAAUUGGUCAUGGAAGUGGAAGCUAGGAUGAAUAGAGCGUACCUGCCUUCGAGACUGCUGCCGACACAUCUACGUGGGCCAACCUCACUUCCUCAUCACAGGAAAGCCUCUCUGUAUCCCACCGGCGUUGCUGGCAGUAGGGAAUCUUACAAAGAGCCCAGUAUUCACGUGGCUACUGAAAGAUAUUCACCUGUCCGGAGAGCCUCCGAAGGCUCCUGUCCACCUGGACCUGGCAUACAAGCCCUGCAACAGGAAUAUCAACAACUCCAAAGACUUGCUUCACCGUCUCACAGUCCUGCCAGUAUUCCUGGCUCCCCUGUUCACGAGAGAGGAGUCGCUGCUAUUACUCAAGGCCUCAGCGGUUUGACGACCACUUCGGUCCAGGGCAGUAUUGUCCAUGGAACGCCGACGCAGCCACCCUCUGCUCCUCUUGAUCUCAGCCCGUUGCGUCAUCAUCGAUCACCUGCGACUACACCAGUAAGUUACUCACCGAGUAAUAGUCCAGCUCUAGAUAUGAUCCAAGAAGAACAUCCGGUUGAUAUACCAAGGGUACCACCUCAAAUAUCGGUAACGGAUGUCCUCGGAGGUCAAGUGACCCUUAUCGGUUGUUCGCCUUCGCCAUCGCCUUCGCUCGACUCACUAGAGGACGUGCUCACUCACUAUAGUCCACUGCCGAGUUUCAUAAUAUCCGAGCCAUACGAUCCUUCGAGGCCGAGUAUUACGAGAGGAAUCGGUAGGCCUCUUUGUUCACCGAUACCAACGGAGGUCGAAGUUACGCUUUCGGAUGAAUCGAGUCGCCUUAAUUCCGAGACGAUACUCGGUCGUGUCAAACAAAUAAUUGACAUGAGAGCACCGCCCAAGGGUUUCAUAUUUUCUCGUGAAGAGGUUGAAGGCGGUGGUCUGAGCUUGGAGUAUCCCGGUGGCGUACAGAUUGAGUUGCGGGUUUGCGAAUCCGAGGAGAGGGAGGUAAAGGGCAUAAAAAUGCGGAGAAUAAGCGGCGAUCAGGUGCAAUACAGUCAACUUUGCCAACAGCUCAUAUCCUGUAUCACCGUUUGACAAGAGUCAACGGUCGAAAUUUCAUUUCUCGUCGUCGCUAUCCCGAUCGAAAUAACGUCGUUUUUUUUCUUCCUCUUCCUUUCUUCAUUCUUUUUUCGCUCAUACGUUAUAUUAAAAUUUGCGCUAUUAUUACAUUCCUCGGUGUCUAUGACAUCGAUCCCGAACUACAGUAUUGCAUCGUGCAUGUUGCAUACUAUAAUUAUUAUACAUGUGGUGCGUUGAGUACGUGUUCAUUUGAACCACUUGUAUCAUAUUCGUAUGUGCGACGUUUAGUGUAUUGGCAGAUUUGAAUUCCUUUUUUCCCUUCUGUUACUUUCGGAAUGCCCCAUUUUCUCUCUUCUUUCUUUCUGUACUUUUUCAAUGCGGAGAUUAUCUCUCGAUGAAUUCUUAGGAUUUUCUUCGCUUUUCGAUCGGUUCUUCGAACCACGAACCUGUUCCCAAACUCUCAGCCUGCUGGAUCAGGUUCGUGACGGGAUCAAAUCGUGGAUUUCAUUAUUUCUCAAUCUUCAAGAGAUUUUUCCGUGUCUCUUAUGUUUCCUUCUUCAAUUAGUCACUUCUUUUAAUUGACCACAACGAGACAUCACGUUUCAUUACGGUUUUGACUAAUUUACAAUAAUUUUUCAUCGAUCGAACGACGUGCCAUGACGCGGUUAUGUAAAUUGCAAUCUUUAAUUCACGACAUAAAGAUAUCGAUUUCCAAUAUGCGCCUCGUCCGCUUAUCUCGUUGCUCGCUCGUCAAGGCCUUUGUCAACAGUCAAAGCCAUACCAGACUAAUAACGAUUUUUGCGAGAUAUUCUCUCGAGGAAAAUUUCGAAACAAAGAUCGACAUCUUUCAUAUCAAAUUGACAAAAGCAUUGUUGUAGUUUUCGUUAUCGUUGAUUCAUUUUUUAUCUUUCUUCUCUAUCAAUAUCCGAAGUAUUCGAUGUUUAUACGUUGUUCGAACGUAGCGGAAGCGUUUUUUCGGCUUCUCGGGGGGGAAAAAAAAUAAGAAAAAAACGACAACAUUAAUCGUGUAAGUAGUAAACUUUAGUUGUAAAUAUGUCACAAUCAGCCACUUAUAAAUUAUGGAAUGUCAGUUUGCACCAUCAGAUCUUUUCGAAAAAAAAAAGUAUAAAUUCGAUCCCAAACGAGUCCAAUUUUUUUCUAUUAGAAGAAAACUACAGCUUAAAGCAAAACAUGUUAAAAGUAUAUGUACGAAUAACAGAGGACAGAUCGUUGGUGAAAGUAUCGCGAUGCCACCGAACAAUUACGAUUUCUUUUCAAAGUCGAGUGACCUUAAUGAAGCGAACCAAUUAUUUUCUCUUCUUUUUUUCUUCUUUCGUUUGCUUCUCGUCCGUGGGACGUGAUAAUGUUUGAGAGUAUUAGAUGCCUUAUAAAGGUCUUAUAUGGCGAACAAAAUAUUCCAUUUAACAGCGUUGUUCAUACAUGACGUUUGUAUUUACUUUCUCGUUCAUAUAUUAGUAAAAUUCGACUAAUAUUUAAGUUUGUAAAAAAAACAAAAUUAGGAAAGAAAAAAAUAGCAAGAAAGUCGUUGGAUUUUUCAAAAAUUAACGCCGAGUCAUUUUUCAACGACUCGAUUAAACGAUUAAAAAAUAUUGUGGUUUUGUUGUUGAUGUUGUUAUUCAACUGGAUGGAAAUUAAUUAUGUAUUAUAGACAAGCACAAUGUGUACAUUCCAAUAACGUCCGAAUGAAAUGAAGUGUCUUUGACACGGCUACGUUCGUUCGGAAGUACGUAGGUAUUAUCGAGAUUGAUACCUUUGAUCUUCCCGGUCAGUUAUCGAUGCUCUUUUGUGAGAGCAGCUGCGAGAAAAGAAGAGAGAGAGAGAGAGAGAAAGCGGAGCGUAAAAUUGUGUAAAUAGAAUUGUACUAUAGAUUUCUAUCAAGAAAUUUUUCUUUCAGUUUCGAUAUUGUUCAUAUUUGUCACUAAUUAUUCGGAGAUAGAGAUCACGAGAUAAAUUGGACGAUUUUGUGAGCCCAAGCGUUAUCAAAUUGAAGGAUAAACGAGAGAAACUGUGCGCGGUACCUUCGAUUAAUAUCUCAUUUCUCGCUAGGAAUAAUUUUCAAAGUAUGUUACAAAAAUUCAAAUGAAAUGAAGCUGUGAAGGGAAACAGUGUUUGUAGAAGGCGAGAAUAGUUUUUAAAACCAUUUAUUAUUACCCGGAGAUUUUUGUAGAAUUUGUACAUGCCGGUUAUUCAAUUUUGUUUUUGUUAUUAUUAUUAUUAUUAUUAUUAUUUUUUUGUUUAUUAAUCGUUAUACCGUCGUUGUCAGUGAUGUGAAUGAGAAAGAUUCGUAUACUUUCGAUCACGCACAAUUGUGCAUAUGUGAAAAAAACUGAUAAGCAUACUUGUGAAAAGCGGAGAUUCGAACAGACUAGAAUUUAUAUAGACCGAAUAUCGAAAAGUAAAAAUAAAAUAAUUAAUGACUCUCGUCUGCAAUCGUCGAGAUUGAAAUUGUAAAUAUGUAUACGUUGAAACAUAACGUCGAAUCAUUCAUCAGUUGUAUGCACGUGAAAACGCCUCCAUGUACAUACACGCGGUGUUUAUGUACAUACGCACAUUAUCGGGUUAACACACGCAGAGAUGAGCUAUGUAUAUUAAAGAUAACUAAAAAAAGGAAGAAACAAACAAACUAUUAUAUGAAUAGAGUACAGAUAGUAUUUUCUGCUGUCAAUUCUUCAACUAAGACUGUGAUUUUUAAAUAUACUAAGUAAUAAUUAGAACUCAUAAUUAAUACAUAUUGAUUGAAUAUGAGAAAAUAAAACGUAAAAAUUCAA